GCGGGGCGGCGGCGCUCGGGCCCGCCCGUGGGUGAAGGAGCUGCUGAGGGCUCCGGGCAGGGAGAGGGAGGACAGAGAUCCCGGGCCGGUGGAUUCCCGUUCUUGAAAGCUGCUCUGGAUGGGGUGUCGCCUGCAGCCGAGCAGUCUCUGGGUAGCCUUUUGCUGUUGUUAGUGUCCAGUUGUUGGAUGAAGCGGUGGGGCAGGGUCUGUGUUGCCAAUGGGAGGUAUGUUCUCUGUCCUCUGCCAGGCAGGCUUCUGAAACGAGGUGCCAAAUAUGUCCUGGCAGGGCUUGCCGUCUGCAUCAGGUAUUGGAUCCUCCGGCGGUGACAAACCCCCGUGCUUGUCUCCGUGUACUUGUGACUGCUUUUAGCAAACAUACGAGACCGUUUUCAUUGGGUUUCAGUGGUAGGUAAAAUGUGUCUCAUUUGGUUAAUGAGAUUUUGGCUUGUCCGUUUGUGCAGUCACUGGAGUUGGGGUGGACUUGUUAACCUUGCCUGCACCUCAGGUUAGAAAAGGCAGGGCUGUAAAAACCCUGAAGAGUUGUUUGAAACAUUUCUUAUUCAGUAUCAACAAAAAGGUGAGAAUUGCUGGAAAACUGUCUUGUCAAAAUAUUUUGCAGUACAGGAUGGAGAUACUUCUUUUACCUGCAACAUUUGUGGAUAAACUCUAAGGAAUGCAGUUGACAACUAAACGCAAGAUCUGUUGAGAGUGUGUGAGCUGGGAGAAGGGCCGUGCUGGAUCCAGCCUCAGGUGUGAACAAAGGUGGCCCCUGGGCUGAGGCUUCACAAAGGAAGUUUGGUCUGGAAUUUGUUUUCAUGGCACGGGUGAAGACCUUUGGAAAAGAACUUUUACCACGGACACAAAGUGUCUAUAAGUAUUAACUAAACAAACAUAAUAUUAGAAAAAAGUUUCAGAGGAUACAGAGAUAGUUUUUCCUUUGUUUUCUCAGACAAAUUGUGUUGUGUGUUCUAAUUGCAUAAAGUUGUGUAGAAUACCCUCUCCAAACUAUUGGGUCAAACUUAAUCAAAGUUCCAAGCCAAAAUGAAAUGUUUAAAAGUGUUGGUUUCCCCUCUGCCCUAUUCAUGUGCAUGCUGCUUGUAUUGCAAGGGUUUGAGAAGUCUUGAGACCUGUCCAGAGGACUAAAAAUGAGUGGAACUGUUCCACGGGCCAUGUAUCUCUGUGUCCUAUCACAACGGUAAAUAAAUAACAUCUUUACAGAGUACAGGUUUUCUUAAACAGCGACAAAAAACUGACUAAUACUUUCAGGAUACAAAACCAAAGUAAAUCAGCUUUAAAGAUGGAUAUGAUUAUGCCACUUAAACAAAGGAUCUGGUUUUGUUAUCUUUGUAGUAGAGGAAGAAGCUGUUACAUUUCGAUGAAGCAAUCCUAAGUCUCAGCUGAGGAAUUUUUAUGAUGUGUUUCUGUGAAUAAAGCUGUCAACUAUCUGCUCUAGAUGUCAUUGUUUAGAAAUGCUGCGUACUGACAGUAUAUGGAAUCCUGUCUUGCUGCAGUCCUUAGCAGAGCAGAACAGCAAAACUGGUCUGAGCUCUGCUUACAGUGAUGGGAAACUGCUCUGGAAGAUCCCUGGUCGGUCUCCCAGAUCAAAGAAGAGAUCAAAAUAUUCUCCGUUCUUAUCUAUAUGUUCUGUUUUUUAAAGCUCAAGUACAAAGUAGUUCAUAUUGUAAUUCCUGUGAUUGCUACAGUUAAUGUGUGAUUUUUGUACAUGGUUCACAUAUUUGUCCAGUUUCUUCAUUGGUCAAAGUAAUCGGUUGUUAAUUAUAUGAAAAGGAAAUAAUAAAUACAGGUUUGUGUGUUGAAGCUGAUCUAAACACCCACUGUAGAAACUCUUCAGCUGUUGCUGAGCCUGAGUUUGGUUUUCAUGCACUUCUAGAUGAUUAUCUCUCAGGUUUUCUUUUUUGAUCUAGCCUUAACACCUAUUUACUGUAAUUGCUGUUUGGUCAAUUAUGUUAUUUCAUUUUGUUUAUGUUUUGUUAAGGGUGGUUCUCCAUGUUUCUCUUUUUUUUUUUUUUUUUUACAUGAAUACUGCAGCCUUACAUUAACACAAGUUUCUAGUGAAGUGCUGCCAUACAUUAAGCACAUGGAUCAUGUAUGAGAUCCUCCCGUGUUCUACGUCUGUAAAAUGCCUGGGUAGCUGAGCGUUUGCUAAAAUGAGCUGCCGAUUGUGUUUUGUGGCUUAUAAUACGCCUUUGUAAAUGUGCUGGGAUCUUGUUUGUCCCUGCUGCAUCUAGACAAUGCAUUCCUUCAUGUUUUCUGUAACAUCUUCUGCAGUAAUUUCUCUACAUGUAGAUAUGGUAACUGGAAAGAGAAAAUUAUGUUCUUAAAUUGUUCCUCUUCCCUCCCUUAACUUUCCCACCCCCCAGUGUAGCUAGAAUGUUGGUCAUUAGGGGGGGAUUUAGAACAGCAUUAGUUGCUGGUAUCCAGGAAUUCUGUGGGAAAGGGACAAAAAUGAAUGUUGGGAAACUAUACAAAUUUUCUGUCAACACAAACUUACAGUGUGAAGCUCUUAAAAACAACAGGGGAAUGCUCCAGGAAGAAUUAAAAAAAAAAAAAGACAGAAGAAGAUCUCAAGAUGUUGUCUCUGGAGCUUAUGGCCGUUGUGAGAGGCUUGGAUGUUGGUGCUAUUUCUUCUGCCUGUUGUUCAGUUUAAAUCUCUCCCAGAAGUGGUUGGCAAGGUGUAAACUGGUCAAGUCUAAACCCAGCAGGGUUCUUGUCUGCUGCUAUUUUCACAUUUUUUAAAUGUAAUCAGCUCUUUGAGAGAGUAGGCAAGUUCAAAAAAAGUAUGGUUUUCAGUGCUUGCUUCUGGGAGCGGUGUAUAAUUGCUCUGGCUUAUGAGUGAUUCCUAUUGGUUUCUGCAUUAAUUGCUUGCAAAUAAUUUACAUUUGUGUCACAAUAUUCUGUUUUCUAGCAGUGUUUCAAGUGAGAGAUUGAUACUCAACUGGGAAGCUCAGAGGAGAAAUGAAGAAAGAUUAUUUGAAGCAAUGGAUGGAAUGGGAAGCAGCUCUUUUAAGUUAGCAAAUUAGGAGAAGAAGAGGUGAAUACUUUUGGUAUGUCUCAAAACUGGCUUUUUUUUCCAGAGUUGAGUGUAGGAUGCUGUUUCCCUUCUUAUUUGCCCAAUAUCAGGCAUACCAGCAGAGCCUAGAAAUACAUAAUUCUGUAAAAUAUCCAUUCCCUUGUUUUGUUAGUUAUGCUGGUCUGUGGGAAUAGACUGAUCAAUAUAUAUGCUUGUAAACCUUCCAUAAUGUGUACACCAGUUUUAAAAAUAGUUUAAAUAGUUUUUACAAGUCUUCUGCAGUGCACCACUUCCUCCCACCUGUCCUUGUCGCCCAAGUCCUGUUUGUCAAAUUUGUUGUUUUAUUUUGUGCCUAAAUGUUGGUGUAGUUGGCAUGCUUUUAGGACAGGAUUUAGAUGAGUUUUGGAGGUUUGUUUCACCUGGGGAUGCACUGCAUAUAUUCUAGCAGAAUAAAACAAAAAAUCAGAGGUAGGAAAGAAACAUGACAGUUUUUAGUACAAAAAGUUAAAGAAGGCAACAAACCAAAAUUCAAAGCUGAAAAUACAUGUUAAUGUAUUUUGGUGGGAAAUACAGUUAAUGAUGAUGUCAAAAUAAAACUGUAUAAAAUGAAAUUUGUUAAAAUGAGUUUGCAGGAUUGAUUUAGCCAUUCCUGAGGAUGACAAGAAACACUUGGAAGACUAAUUAAGAUAGAAAAUUUGGAGAUACUUGUCAAACCUGUGCGUGUUUGGAUAAAUAGAAAGGUGGUGGGGUUUUUUGUUUGGUUAGUUUUUUGGUGUUGUGGGGUUUUUUUGUUUGUAUGUUUGGAUUUUUUUGUUUGUUUUGUUUUUUAAUGGCAGUUUGUCUGAGUAACCUAAAGCAACAGAACAUUAUGUUGGGUUUUCACAAGGCCUGUGCACCAGCAUUGUGAAUGUACUUGAAGGUACCGCAGCCUUACUGUUCCACUAGGACUUUACAAGAACUUUUGGGAGUAUUUGACCGGUUGUGCUCUUUUCAGGGGGAGAAAAAGGAAAUGUACUUGUAGUUUUAUACUUCACAGAAUGAUUAGGUUUUUAUUGAGCAGAAGUACUUCAGAAGAACAGAGUGCAUUUCUUUCUUGCACUCAAAAUAAGAAGCACCUGCUGUAGAAAAAGCAUAUUGUACAGACCUUGCUGCCGUGGAUGGGGGAGCGUUUAGGUCUGACAGUUUAAGUGGCGAAGACAGAAGUGAGGACAGUUCUUGGGCAAGGGACUUGGAGAGGAAUGUGAUUCAUGGGACAUCGUUACUGGCGUAAUUACCGGUGCAGCUGCCGUAGUAACUUCUGCCAGUACUAAAAAAAAUCUGUCAUGUCCAAUGCUUUACUGGUCGUAGUGUAAGUAAUAAAGAUGGGUGCUGUAGGACUGCGAUAUCUUGUUCCAUUUGCCAACUUCAACCCAGCGGACGGAACCAUUUCUGCUGGGCUUCAAACUGAUGCCCAAGCUUCACAGGGCUUUCUGAAGUGUUCAGGCUGGGCUAAAAUUUUGAAAUUGUAGGUGGUAAGAUUUUGGUUUGUCGUUUCUGUAAAUAAUAGUGAAAGGGCAGAGACUGAGUUACUUCGAUAAAGAGUAAAACCUGUUGAAUUCACGCAAGAAAAAAACAACCCUUAAACAUAUAUCUUCUAUUUUUGCAUUUCAUUACACAAGGUUUUAUUUCAGUAAUAAGUUUAUUUGUUUCAGUAUUGUAAUAAAUAGGACCUUUCUACUUCUCUGUGUGAUAAUACUUUCUAUUUGCCAUUCCUUAAACCAUAGGUCAUAUACCAUAGGUAAUUUAGAGUGAGGAACUCUUGGAAAAAUUUGGACGGAUGAGGGAUAAGGAAUGUUCUGCUAGACACAGGAUUCCUUCUAAUAUCAAUACUAGUACAAAUGAAAAAAGGUUUUACGGGGAAGUGGAAGCCUUCUGAAAUACCCCAAAACGUUAUUUUCUCUAACGUGUCAUCAAAACUCACUGUUCUAGCAUUUAGUAAGUGCAAUUUCCACUUCAAAUUGUUGAAGUGACUCACCAGAGGUCAUGCAUCAGUCUAGUGUCAGAGCUGGGGCAGGAAUUCAGGAACUCUGCCUCUUCCAGGCAGCGCAGUCUAUUGACCUGCCCAGCCCAAACAUCUGCAUUAGCGGAUCAUAAAAUUUUGUCUAUGCGGUAGAAAUAAUUCUGUGCUAUUUCAGAGAAUCCUUUGCUUCUUUCCCACCUGUUCUGAGUAUCAGCAGCACAUAGGUGCACACACGCAACCUUCCUAAUUUCGUUCAGUCUUCCUUGUCCUCUUCAAAAAAAUCUCCAGGUUGGUUCUUCUCAGCCUCUCAUCUGCUGGUUGCUUCACUUCUGUCAUUUCCACCUCCUAUUUCUGAAGCACUUUCCUCCUACAGCUUGUUCGGCAUUCUUGAGCAAAGGCUUUUGUGGUUUGAUUCAGGAAAAAGGUAAAGGAGGGGAUCAGAAGUUCCAGUAUAUGAAGUUAUCAUGAGAUUGUUAGUUGUUCCAUAAAAAAUGCUCUGUAAGCGUCUCCUGAGUGCAGUGGUACCAUUCCUACAGACUUAAAUUCAGGCACAAGUCUUACAAAAGCCCUACUGCAGGACUGAGCUCUACUGUAGAGUGAGACUCCCUGUACUCCUUGAAGGCACCUCCUGACCGCACACAGAGCCAUAGUAGUUAAUGUAUUUCUGUAGCUUACACAUCUGGCACGUAUAUGUGUGCAUUGGGGCUCAGACCAAAGAAAAAGACCUUUUUGGGGGCAGCUAUAUUGCAUAUUUUCUUUGUUAUAGAUCAGUUUAUGGAAUGAGACUCACAUGGCGUUUUUGAAAAUGCCAUUAAAAAUUAAGAUUCUCCACAAAAUUUAUUUUUGCCUGGAGGUUGUGGGUUUGUUGGUUUUGUUUUUGCUUUUUUAAAACAAUGAAAACCUCAGGCCUGAAAGUUGUAGUUUAAUGUUUUUUCCUGUGCCAUCUUCAAACCUCUUUCCAACACAGAAAGCAGAGUGAAAACAGAUUAUUUUAAAAACUUUAAUCUUUCAAAGCGAAUGAAACUGAAGUAGUUCUAGUUCUAGAGUAAAAACUACGGUUUCAGCUGGUGUAGAAGAUCAGCUCAUCCCUGAGUGGUUUUCCUCAACAAUUAGGUCUUCAGUCUCCAAAGUAGGUUAAUAGAGUUUAAUAAUCCUUCGGUUUCUCUGCUUUUUUUUGUUACAUAUUAAUUUUCCUGCCUAAUGUAAAGGUAUGGUGCAUUAUACAUCCAUCAUAUUUUUUUUCCCCUCAAUUACAUAAAUAAUUCUGUUGUUAAACUCUGAGGUCAACUACAGGUGGUGAAAGGAUACAAAAGGGAAAUCCAGAGAGAUCAGGAUUUACAAACCAUGACCCAGCAGAAUUCCCCUUCCUGCCUGCCCAGAGGGACUUGGUGCUGCUUAGACACGCAGGUGUGUCUUCAGGUGCAUCUUCUACUGGUUUUUAUGCCCAGUUAUAAAAAUAACUGCAGCUACUUUUAAAAUGCAGAGGAAGAAAAUGAAAAGUUAAUAUAAGAAAUUGAAGAUUUGUGCUAGAUUAUGUGCAUACUUCCUUUAUUCAGAGACAGAGUGAAGGAGGAAAGAAGUAAAUUCCAUAGUGUAGAAGCUAUUAUCAAAACCAAAUUAAUGUUAAAGUAGAUGGGCCUUUUUAGAAAGUUAGAAAGCAGGAUUCUUGUGUGCCUACACCUUAAAUGGAGGUGAUGUGUUGGAAUAGGUGUGAGUUGGUGCUGACCAGGAGGUUGAGUGCACACUGGAUGUGGUGACCUGGCUCAUUGAGUUAACGGAAUUGUUGCCAUUGGCCUCAUGAGCGCUUUGGUUUGGCCUCAUAAGCCACUUACAGUUCAGCUUUUGCAGUGACAAUAGUGAAAAUAAAGAACAAUCGGAAAGUUUGUACAGAAGCUGCUGGUAGACAUCAGCCAUGAGAGCUAGCCUGGCAUUUAAUUAAAAUGUAAUUAAACAAAUGUUUUUCUGUAAAGAAUUGAGAAUCCUAAUCCUCUGGCUGCAUUGUGGUGUUUUCCCUCCGAGGUGCAUGUGGUGUUUCUGGGCGGCAAAAGCAGGAGUUUUACAAGUAAGCCCAUGCAUUCUGUGCUGUGCCGCUGCAGUUCAAGUCCAUUUGUGUCUGCUAACACAACAGUAGCUAGAGAGUGAAGGAGGACUUGGACAACUCAUGUUCAUUUUUAUUGAGAUAAUAGAAUGAGGGUCCCUACCUCCUCAUGGAAAGGGAACCCUAAGUCAUCAGAAGUGCUUCAUGCACCCCCAUGUAGAUGGCGGCCUCUGCCAAAAGCUCAAAUUCAGUACACUGCUCCACUGACACGCGUCACACAUUUGUUAUUUUCUGGGUAAUGGCCAAAUCAUCUGUGGUCCCUCCCCGCACAUACUCCCAUUUAUAAAGGAAGUCUUCUGUCUUUUGAAUGUCACACAAAACUGUUCAAAACCAGACUUGAGCAACUGAAAUUCAGUUAGUUCAAUCAGAGCAAUUCAAUUGAUGCAGCUGAGUUCUGUGAUCUGAACAAAAGAUUUUGCUUUAAUUGUGUAGGAGUAUAUAAAUGGUGAUGUGAUUGUCUUGCUCACAGCCCUCCAGAUCAAUGUAAUGCAUUUUAAAGUUUAGUGGUAUACACCCCAUUCUGCUACUUGAGGUUUUAGUGGUGCCUCAGCCUUUCAUAAAAUUGCAGGUGAAAACAGUUCCCUGGAAAACAAGAAAGUAUUUGGGUUUAAUGUGGGCAAGUCUGGUGAAUGUUGGGGAUUAACAGAUAAUACUACAACUAAAUUCAGUAAAUGGUCUGGUCAUCCAUUCUGUCUUGAGAUGUGGUGUUGUAACAUCCAUUUGCAGAUGAUAGAUUAUUUGAGGUUGUGAUGAUGUUCAAGUCAAAAACAGAGCCUUAUCUCAGAGCAGAAGAGGUUAUGAUGUCUGAUUUUUCUUAAAUCUAUUUACACUGGUCAUUCUACAACAUCCAAAGGGGUGCAAAGCCAAGUGAUGCUGCGGAGGGCGUUGCCCAGGAUGAUGCUUUGACAUUUUAUCCCUUUCCUGUGCUCUGCUCUCCUGCUGUCAACAGGGAGUAUUUUUCCUGAUCUUGGAUCCCCCACUGCCUUAUUUCUCAUCACCUCACCUUAGUCACCCAUGUUUCCUGAUGCAGUGUGCCAUCCUCCCUUGUCUGCUUGUUGCAUUUAAACCAUCAUUUUCAUAGGAGUAUCCCAUAAACAACCCCUUCUCCUCAACAACCCUUAAUUUUCCUUUACUAUAAUGACUGCAAAAGUCUUUAUAGUUUUUUGUUGUUUGGGGGCUGUUAGUUCUGUCAGUGCUCUCACGAUUUCUCUGGGCCUCCCUGUCUAUUCUGCUCUUGCCUCUUACAUUUCUUUUUUGUGCCCAUUGUGGAAUUUCUGUCACAUGUUUAUCCUGUCCCAGGAUUUGCCAUGACUCAGUGGCUACGCUUUAUAGACAUUAUAGUAAAACAAACAAAUAAUGACAGAAUAUGAAAUAAUCAAACAUUGACUCAUGAGUAUGCUGUCCUUGCUAGUUGUAAUGUCUAACCCGACUCUUCCUGCAGUGUAAGCUCAUUUAUUCUCAUAGAGGUCAGGAACAGGGGGGAAAAAAAAAAACAGGGUUUGGGUGUUUGUGUGUGCCUAUUUUUAUUGUGGUUUUGUGGGUUUUGGUUGGUUGGUUUUGGGGGGUUUUUGUUGUGUGUUUUUUUUGUAUGUGUGUCUGUGUUUUGGUUUUGUUGUGUUUGUUUUGUUUUGUUUUGUUGUGUUUUUGUUUUUUUCAACACUUUAGAAAGGUUCUUACAGAGUUUGUGCAUUUAUCAGGCUAUCCUGUUUUUCUUCAGCCCUUCCUUCUAGGCUGUUUGCUGAACAUUUGCUGGUUCUUGCUGGUUCUCUGUACAUACUCUGUGUCAGGUUCACCUCUUCAAGGCACUGCAUUCCAAGGCUGGGUGCUGCAUACAGCUGAGACCUGCGUUACAUUUGUCUUUGAUCCCCAUAAAGUGCAGCGCUGCUGUCAAAAUAAAUAAACACCAUUGACCCAUUUUCACCUUGUAAUUUCUUUGCAGCCAUUAGAUUAUUUUCUGUAGAGUUAUUCAGCUUGUUCUUUCUGUCCAGUAUUUGUGAUGGAAGUGGCAGUAAUAAGAAGCAGCUGUAGUUUUUCCCUCUCAAUGAGGGUCUCUGUCUGGAUGGUCAAUAUGUCAAUGAAAACUCUUCCUAGAGGAACGUGUCAUCAGCACGAGGAAGUGGCCUUGAACUGGAAACAGAACUGGAAAAGAUGCUGAAGCUUUUCAAAGGCCUCUGGUGGAUAUAAGCCAUCUGAUUUUUUCAUGAUGCCUUGGCUGUAUCCCUGUAGUCAUGAUAUUUCUUAGAUCAAACGCUAUCGCCUCACUGAUAUUUAUCCCUUGGGUAUGUAGAGGGAGGAAUUUUUAUCCUUUUUCAUGCUUCUUUGUUUUUGUGGAGUGCCCAUAUUUGAUGAGAUCUGUUACAAAGACAAUCUUACCUGUUCUUCUCUGGACUUGUUCUUUGCUAUUGAGAACAAUUACAUUUUUACUAACUUUCUGCUCUGUUUCAUCCUGGUUGUCACUCGGAAUGCGAGGGAUCCGGGUUUUGUUGCUGAAUCUUGAACCUUAGAGAUAACAUGAAGAAAAGUAAGUAUAUCAGAUGGUACUUUGAAGAGGGAGUCAACUGGCCAAGAGGCUGAAAUCCAUUCUUCCCAUCCACACAUCCCAGGGUGCUGCGGUGGGUGAGGAGCAAACUGUGCUGAUACUGGAGCCAGCAAAAGCUGACACGGAUUCUCAGCCUGGGAAGAAAAAAAAAAAAAGCCAGAGGUGACAGAGAAGGUCUGGAUAGAAAAAGAGAGGAGGGAUUUCUUGUUAUGGAUAGUGAUUAAUAUUGAGUGCAGUGCUACUGCUCUAGCCCUUGGAAAAUGGCAUUUUGUUUUCUUUCAAAUAUGACAGAAGCAAAACCUAGGACUAAGUGGUGGAUGUUAAAUAUUGAAUAUUCUAAAAGGGUUUGUCGUCUCCUAAGCAUAAAAAGACUUCAAAAAGAAGGAGGCUGGUUAGGUCCUAUAUGUUUGUUUAUUUUUCUUCAUACAUAUCAUGUAUUCCCAUUUCUGUUUAAGCAACAUUUACAUUUGGGUAAAUGGAAGCACUUUGCAGAAAUGCUAUUACAAAAAUAUUAAGUGAUUUAAUCAAAAGAGCUUCACAGAAUAUUCACAGUUCACCCUCUUGUGAGUUCAGUGUUGGACAAACAGUAUCAGAAACAUUUUGCUUAGCUGGCAGCUGGUUAAGUCAGAUGCACGAAACACCCUGGUGAGCAUCCGAUGCCGAAAUAAAGUUUUGAUAAUUUAGCUUUCUUCCCCACUGCAUUUGUUGUGGGGUCAGACUUUUCAGAUAACGCCUCAGUGUUCUGUGCAUCUUAUGUGGGAAGCUCAAAGCGCAAUCUUUACGCUGCAGUGUCUGCUUGGAGAUGAGCUCGGGAAAUACUCUGAGGCUCUGUGUGUUACUGCUGCUUAUGUGCCACAUUACUCCUCUUGAAAAUUCGCAGAGCCUGCAAUGUGUAUAUUUUAAAGCCCCAUGAGGGGAGGAAUAAAAUACAUUCUUCUUUUUUCCUCCAUACUUUGUGAAUAGCUUUUUUGUUGAAAAUAUAAAAUGAUAUAACCUUGUUUAUUUUUGUACAUCUACUGUUUUUAGAGUAAUCUUAAAAAUGUACUCUCUCUGUCAUUGUUCCUUAAAUAUUUGCUUUCCUAUCUCAGCCUCACAAGUGGAAAGCCAGAGGAAAUGGAUAUUUGUGGCUUAUUAAUGUUUUAAGUCCUGGUAAUUGAGAGUUCUAGAAAUCACUGUAGUAUGGGCAAAACAAGUAGAGUUGCAUUUCCAAAUAUUGUUUCUGUAUGUGGCAAUUCUGUGGCCACCCUCUGUUUUUUUUCAAGGCGGUUCCACAGGUCAGUCGAGCAUUCAGAACUCCAAUUAUUGUGUGUGAAAAUGGAUUUAAAAAAAAUCAGUUGGAAGUUAUGGGCAUCUUGCUACAGGCAUCAGAAAACAGAAGAAUGCCAGCCAGCAUGAAAGUGUGUGCUUAUAAAAAAAGGUGUUCAUCUGAGGGAAUAGAUAGACUCAUAGGAUCAGAUUCUGAAAAUACAGCAGGGCUGAGGGAGCAUGUGCAGGUAUGCAGUGGUGUGUGCCAAACGGAUCUGCGUGUUUGCAAUGGCUGUCCAUGCAAAUUGAGCUUUUGGAGAUGCAGAUGAACUAUACUGGUUUUACUGGGCAUAUCUGAUUCACACGCAAGUUCGUGAUUAACGAUUUUACAAAUGAGGAGUCAAAUGAGUUGGUUUGUGUUGAUGAGUAUGUUCGUGAACUUCUAGAACACUGUGAUACAUGUGGUCACAUAUAUUUGAAGAUACAGCUCUGCUUACAGGUUACUAAAGGUAAGUUCUAGUACCCACAAAAGUGUUAGAACGAGGACAGUACAAUGACAUAAACAAGUCACAUUUGUGUUUUAUUCUGUGAGGCAAAAUGGAGGGAUUCUGAUGUAUUAUUUACUAGCUAGGAAUGAGUCCUAAAUGUGGCUUUUCAUUCCACUCAGACAGUGGCUCACCAGCUUCUGGUUUGCACACAAACUAGCAAAAUAUCUUCCUCUUGGUUUAAUUUCCAGCUUGUUCCAGCUUUCCACCUUCCUUCUGUAAAUACAGUGUGUCUUUACUCAACAUCUCUGAACGCAAGGGAAACUUGGGUGGAACUCAGAGCUAUGGGUAGGAAGUGAACUUAAGCUAAGGGAGAUACUACUUGAAUAUUUUAUGUAUUUUUUUCUUCUUCUUCUUCUGUCACAAUUGCACUUUAUAACCGUAGGGCAAUGUUGCACUCUCCAGAAAUAUCUGAACUCAACCCCAAAAUGUCCACAAUACAGGAGGGACAGGAGUAUAAAAGUACCUAUGCAGCCUGUUUUUCAGACAACAGCUGUGAAGUGCCACAGUGGUUUUAACCUCCCCAUUUCUUUUUGCUUCAAGGUAAGUGUGUGUGACUUGGUGUCAUGUGGCUGUAACUUAGCACUGGAAUGAAUCCAUUGCCUAGUAUACGUAGUCAGAUAUUCCAAAAACAACAGAAUAGUCUUCUCUUUGUGCAGUGACUGUGACUGUCUGGUGAAUGUCAUCUGUGUUAAUGUGCUUUUAACUUGUUGCCCAACAAAAAAUGUGUUAUAGCAGCACUUUGUUAGUAUUAACAUUUUUCUGGCCAUAUCCGUUGCAGUUUCCAGGGUCUUAUCUUAUGUUUCUGGCUCUGGAAUUUGACAUCUCUGGAUUUCUAGAAACAGAGUUUGUUAAUCUUUCGUGCAUUUAAUAAACACAUAUUCCACAGCAGACUUUAUUUUGUCUUUUGCCUGGGGGCUAUGCACACACAGCACAGCAUAAACUUUGCUAGCUGUACUUGAUUUCAAGAAGUGGAAGUAAUUAAUAAGGUGAAAUCCUUAGUGUACACAAGUUUGGACCAGGAGGGAUUAAUAUUCUAUGAAGUUUGCAUUAAAAAAGGGCAUUUCUGGCUGUCUUUAAAUGUAACAUGAUUUCAUAUAAAUAUAUUCCUAAGGCUUUUGUAUUGACAUUUCUUUUUGCCAGUGCUCCAUGAUUUGCAGAUGUGUUGUUCCUCAACAGAAAUAACUGGCUUGGCUAUUUUGUAAUGUUAUUGUGAGAAAACCCCAAAAUAAUGCUAUUUAGAAUCACCUUCUGUGAAGUUUACUAUUCCACCGAUACUGAUCUUUGGCAGAUGCAAAAGAUUGCAGACUGACAGAAUUGACCUGCCGGAGCACUUAAACAGGAGUGAAAAGAAGGAACAGGGGGAUUGAGCAAUCUGUGUGGAACAUUGAGUUCUCCAGGUGGGACUUCGCAGCCACGUGUCCCCAGGAAGGGGUUACCAGUAUAGAUCAGGCAUAUGUAAUACCUAAGGAAGCAUUAAUCAGCUCCUCGACUCGUUAGCAGGCUGCAAAAUGCUCUCAGGAGCAGUCUGCCAAAGAAUGCUGAUGAUCAAGUGAUUCUUAACUUGCAUUUCAUUGGGGAAAUGUGGUGUCAGUCAAUAUCUCGCCAAGCAGGUUUAAUGGGGUAGAGAUUCUGGGAAAACUGGUGGGACUGGAAGUAAGUAGCACUCUUCUAAUAUUAAAAUUGAGUUAGGCUUCUGAAUAGAAAGUGAUUAUUUGCCUAAUUUCCCCUCAGAUGUUCUAAUAUACACAUGGGUCCAAAGCUAAUUCUCUGACUAUUUAAUAGCUUUCAGCUGGUUAAGAUGCAGACCUUGGGAUGGGGGGGGUUGGGGAGCAAUGACAGCUUGUGGCUGGGAAAUCAGGUAAGUAGGAAACUUGGGAGGUUUUUUGUUCCUUCUGUAAUAUUUUUCUUCAUGGUUUCUUUUAUUUCCAGUUCUUUCAUUCCUUUGUGAUUUAUUAUUUCUAUGAAUGUUUCUCAAAAAGCUGCUAUUCCUGCUUGUAGCAUAGAGCAGAAUGGUGAGAAGUGGUUUGUAAUGUCAUUUAAAAAAAAAAAUUUCCAUGAUGCCUAAAAAACAGGAUGGAUGAGAAAUUAUCUUUGUCUUUUCAGAAAACUGGCUUACAUUUGUUUUCCUGUUGGGAGACUGUGGAUAACCCAGAGAUGGGGGCUGUUGGCUUUGUAAGCCCUUGCUUGGAAAGUCUGACUCCAACGUGUUAUUCAGGAAAACCUUGGCUUUGUCAGCAAUGACAGGGAUGCUGAUGCAUCAUAAUAUCCUUUUUCUUAAACAAGAGGACACCGGGGACUUGGAACAAGAUACUUUAGUAAAAACUCUGCAAGCCCUGUGCAAGCGCUGCCAUCUCCAGCCUUUGGGAAAACUACUCUACUUGUCUGCUGCUGCCACCGACAGCUGUGUCAGCCCCAAUCCAUCUCAGAGAUGCAUCUUCCAGGGGCAAGGCCAGCCUGGCGUUCUCUGCGGCAGGGCCAUGCUGCAGCCAUCGCUGCCCAUGAACAGCCGUUCCUGUGAUGUGCUCGCUCCUCUGGACCAAAUUUGCAGAUGAUGGCACCUCAUCCAUUCUCAUCUCCGGGGAUUUCGGCUGCAGCCACGGUUGGUGCUACAGUCCAUGCAUCUCAACUCCCUCUAGGACAGAAGUAACUAAAGGGGAAACCUUGAAGAGCCUCAUGGACGUUCUGCAGGAUGUAAUGCAAAACGUGUCCACGCAGGACACAGCAGCUCCAUGUUUCGCUGUGACCAUGCUCUUCAUGCUACUAUUGAUGCUCUUUGGUUAAAAGUCUACAGGAAACAUGAUAAAAAGAAAAAAAAAAAACCUAGAAAAUGUCACGAUGACAAGAAAACCUCCUCCAUCUUCACCACCAUCAGUUUUGACACUCCAACCCAGAUAUUUCUGUAUUUUAUGUGUUUAUGAGUCUACUCAGCUGGCAACAGCACCAAAAGAGCUGGUCUUAGUAUUUCAGACUGCUGCUGCAAAAAAUUAAAAUAAGACUCUUGAACAGUUAGUAAAUGGAUUUAGUGAAAUCUUGGAAGAAUGGUUUUCCGAAAAAGAGUGUUAAAUAUCAACCCAGAAUCUACCAGCAAAAUGAUGAAAACAUUGCACAAGCCUAAGAAGGUGGAACAUCGAGCUGUAGACAAAGUCACCUUGGGUAUGAUGGACACGUUAUAGAGAGAGUGUUAAACAAACUGCAUCUCCCUCUCCAUCCCUCUGGCCACUCAGUCUGGGAGAGAAACUGACAUCAGGAAAAUAAGAACUUGGAUUAACCUACUUGAUGAUUUUGUCAUCAAUUAAAUAUAUAUGGUGACAGUUAUGUUGAGAAAAAUAUUCCAGCUUUUAAGAAUGGUGAAAAGACUAUAAAAAUAGUUAAAUACUAAUAUUUGGAAUAUUGUUGUUGUCUUUCUUUGAGGUUUAAAUGAUCGAUUUUCAGUUUUGUUAGCCAUCCAAACCAGAUAUAACUAUUUAUCCCAGUAAUUAACAUUUAUCAUUCCUAACUGCUUUUACUUACAUGUGUUAUGUGGCAAUGGUAAGUUGGAAAAUACAGAGUACUGCUCAGUGGUUAUUUUUCCAGAUUUUACUGUUUCACAUGUGCAGGUAAGAGAUGACGACUCCAGUCACUCACAUUUUUACAAUGCACUUGAUGUUCUAUGCUAAUGGCACAAUAAUAAAUUUGGUCUCAUAAUUUCUCCUUUUUUGUGUGUGUGGACAUAUUCCAACUUAAAUUUCAUCCUUUGAAAAUAUGUUCCUACUUAAAAAUAGCACCAUGCGAUAUUUACAUUUUUCUGCUGCUUGUUGCCAGAUUUUUGGAGCUCUAGACUGCUGCUGUUUUCUUACUGUUUAUUUGGCUUUUCUUUUGGUUCUGGUUAAAUUCUUAGAAGGCUUCUGUCAAAUAUUGUUCUUUCUUGAAGCGUAGCCUUCUGCAUGGUUUAAAAGCUGAAAAUGGGAGGAGUUUUUUUAAUUUUUUUUAAACAUAAAGAUGUUUUUAAACUCAAUAUAUUCACCUGAAUCUCUUAGUUCAGUACCCAUGAUGUACUUCAGUGCUUUUUCCAUCAAAAAUGGGUUCAUACCAUGAUACAAGACUUGUAUUCAGAGAAGUACAAUGUGCACAUUCUUGGUAUUUUAAUACCAGAUAAAGAAAACAAUUUUAUUUUAUAUUUAAUUUAAAAAUAUGUUUCUAAAUUUCCAUUUUAGUCAUUAUUUCAUAAAUUGGGCAUAUUAGUUAAAAAUGUUUUCUCAAAAACAUGUUUUUCUUCUGCAUGAUGAAAAUUAAAAGCUUUAAACCAUUGACCUUUAAUGGAUGCAAAUAGAAGUGGUAAAGUAAAUAAAAAUACAAUGUGGAGAGAGCAAAAAACAUCCCAGGAAGCAACAGAGUUUUGGUCCUGACUGUUGUGGGACAGAGUUUCAUAAAUAUGGAGAAGCUUGGUCAGGGGGAUGGAAACUGAAGUCAGUGGGGUCAGAACUGACCUGAUGAGGGAAAGUUUGGGAAGAGCCAGGAUAAGGAAUUGGGAAUCUCAUUUGUCUGCUCUGGGAGGAGCAAUCACAAUGAAUUUUUCUGCUUUUCCGCUUAGAACUGUACAGAAACAAAUGGGCUUUUUGAUUGUGUGGAGUAGCUGCGUAAAUUCUUAAUGAGAAACAAAUGAAUUUUCAGUAUGUGGUUUAUUUAAAUUGUUGACAACUUUGAUUUUUCAUUUAUGAUUUAUUAUUAUUAUUGAUGUUUCUUGUUGGAAGUUAAUAAUUCCUGUCCCUUCAGUGGGUCGCUGCAGCUCUGAGGCAGGAAAAUAACAAACAGUGAAUACUCUGAACCACAGGGUUUAUUUGAAGUGCAGGAUUUUUGGAGAGUCACGUUCUUCAGAACAGGCACCUUAUUUUCUCCUGCUUGUACCCAUAUAGGCUGAUAUAUACGUGUGUUUUGGUGAGGAGAGGUAUUUUAUAGCAAACACACCGCCUCUAUUAUGCGGGAGCGCAACUCGUGGCAGAGGUUUGUGGCCAUAACGUGCUUGGACUCGCGCCCGUCGAGGGGAAUAAAUGGUUUGUAAGAAUUUCUGCAGGACCCGGGGAAAGAGUCCCUUGUGAGUUCGCAGGGUUUGGAUGCAGAAAUGGAAACAGCCUCUGUGGUGAAUAGAUUUCAUGCAUCCGAGGAGCCAUGUGCUCGCUGCUGGUUUGCAGAGCGUUUAGACGAGGACCCAUAAGCCACUUUCCAAGUCCUUCAGAAAUAACCAGGGAAUGAUGGAAAUGUCGCAACCAGAUGCUCCUUAAUUGGCUCCAUUUAAUCCUUUUUUUUUUUUUUAAUUUGACAUGAAAAGCUUUACCAGGGCUGACUCGGUGUAAAUCUUUAAAAGGGGACGUGGCUCUGGUACCGUCAUUAAAGGCUAAAUCAUCUAGAUUGGAAUCCACAGCGAACUGAAGAGCUUCAAAAAACGAGAAUAAAAGAGUUAUCAAACAAUUGACUUCAGGUGAGUGUAAGUAUUAACAUUGUAGUAGUGUGUUCUUCAAAGCAUUGUCAUUUUUUGCCACUCUUCAUAUAAUUUAAACAUCAUUAACUUUUCUGCUUUGCAGAAACAUUUGUAUAAAUCUGAGCAGACUUAAAUGUUUGUAGGUAAUAAUUGCAUAAUUUGUUAAUAUAUGCAUAAAUUUGUGCAGUAGAGCAAAUACUCUGAGAGUUGGUAAAUACAAGAUCAGCUUGGUUGGUUUUGUUUUUUUUUAAAGGAAAUAAAAUAUUUUGAGGAAGGUUCUUUAGAUUGAUACAUAUUGCCCAGUUGUAAUUUUACGUGAAUUGUGCUUAGUUUGAGUAUGUAGAUUUACAUUAUAGACUAUGGUUUGUGGGAUCAUAAAGGGAUAAAGUACGUUUAACUUAGUUCUGAGAAAAGCAAUAUAGCACAGCACUUCAAUUGUGAUGAUUUGUGCGUAUUUUUACCAUGAAACAAACACUAAAUUGUCCUGGUGAGCAAUUAUUUAGAUUUUGUUUCCUCAGAAAUUUUUUGAUAGGACUUAAUAUAUCUAAAAGUUACUCUCCAUUUAAAAGAUAUUAGUUUGUCAAAUCUAAUUCUAAAUUUGUAAAUAUUUUAUUUUUCCCAUGUCUAUGCGUAUUUCUUUUUCGUCUGUCUUUACCUGGAACUCAGCAUUGAGCGAAUACACUGAUAGAUUUUCUCCAUUUUCCUUUCAAAAGGUGCUGCCAAAGUGCAGUUUUUAAUACUAUAAUCAAACAUGCCCCUGGGAUUAGGCUGAAGAACUUCAGAGUAUUCCCAGAAUUACCAAACACCCUGAAAUCACGAGGCGGAUCCUGUAAAAACUGGGCUUGUUUGGAAAUGGAGAUUUCUGAUAAAUACCAAAAGUUGGGCCCUUUUUAGCAAACUCCUGGUUUGGGGCAUUAAAAUUUGUGUUGUGGGGACAUUGCUUCAUCCGUGGGAUGCUGCCUUCGAUCAAGUGACUGACUCACUUCUCACCUAAAUUCUUGCUCAGCAGCAUCACAGGGACAUUCCUCGUCUGCACUAAUUACAGCCUCUUCAUUAAGCGGGUUUGAGCCUCGCUCCUGCCUGCCCAGGUUUUAUCUGCUCAUCCCCGGGUGUUUUGUCCAUUCUCAGAACAUUAAGUGUGUUGGUACAUUUGAUUUUGGUCCUGGAGUGACAGCCAGUUGAGACACCAUCCUAUAAAGUUCUGCAGAUGUUUAAUUAGUUUCUAGAAAGUAGCUAUAAUUAGCAAUUUAAAGGGAAACAGACUGCACUGGGCUCCACUCUAGGCUUUUGUAGGACUGGUCCUUGCCUUUAACUUGCAUGGCUUGGAUCACCUUUAUAUAACACAUUCCUGUGCCAGGCAGAAACUCUGGCUUUGCGGUUGUCUCCGAGAGGGGAAUCUCUGCUGGCAGAGAAAACAAGGGGCUUUUUGAGAGCUUGACUCCCCCUGCUUAUUUUCCUAAACCUAUAUGAGGAAUUUAAGACAAGAACUGCAAUAAAACCGACUUGUGCUGGUACCUCCCCCAGCUCCAAUGGGAGUAAAUAAUCCACAUCCCACCCUGCGCAAUGUCUGAUGUCUUUUUAUAAUUUAUCAUGUUCUCUUUGUAGCAGCCUGACCACAACUUAUUGAGUCAUAUUAGCAAAUUUGAGCUCUCUUUUAUUUUAGAUAUUUACAGUGUGGUUGUAUAGGUGAAAUACGAGGAUAAAGGGACUUGUGUCUGUAGGAUCCAGCACACGCUUGAAGAUGAUUUAUAUUUUACGCUUUUUUGCCUGGUGAAUUUUGAAUUUCCCGAUAUUUUUCCAUCGUGAUACCGACUCUGGAGGGAAAAGGUCCCUCGGGCUCUGGCGAGGAAGCGAAAUUCUGCCGCUUAGUGUACAAACCAUCUCCCUGCUUGUUGUGUGCCUGGAGCAGCUGUGACACCAGCCGGAGUAAAACAGAAAUGUUUUACUACCUGGUUUCUGGUUCUGACAUCCCCAUGGCAACCUCCUCCCCAAUUUAGUCGCAGCUUAGUGCCGCACAAGUCGGGUUUGUUCAGCGAGGAAUAAAGGUGGCAGUAUGGAAAAGACACUUCCCCAUGUGUUCCUGGCGGACGGUAAAUAGAGAUGGAAGCGCCGGGUGAACACGAGGCCUUUGGGUUUGGCAGCGAGAGCUUCCCAAGGUUACGCUGCUUAACAGCGCGAUAAAUAUAAAAUGAAAGAAAUUUAAAGAAUAACAUCCAGCAGCUGCAAUUAGCGACAUUUUAAAUGUUAUGUAGCAAUGGCAUAACCGGGCUGCAGCGACAGACUUGGUGGCAAAGCUGGGUUUGAUGGUAAAACAGGAGAAGAUGAUAAAUUAAACCUGGUGUGAAGCAGGACGGGGCUCAGGAUCGACCUCCCCGUGUGCGAGCAGAAGUUCGAGCCUUGUUUGCAGCUGUUUUGCCCAGAUUUGCUCUAUCCUGCCCGUUCUCCCUGGGAACACUGUGUCCCUCUGCUGAGACCCCCGGUUUACGUCCCACAGGAGCUGUUUGAGCAGGUAAAGCAAAGGGAGUCGGGGAAACACAGCACAGGCUGGUUCCCUUGUAAAAAGGCUCAUUGAUUUUUCUCUUCAUUUCCCAAGAUAAUGAGAGCUGGUGGUAAUUUUGGGUUCUGUUGGCAAAGCUGCUGACAGAAUCGUGGGAAAUUCAGAGAUGUGGAGAUGGGAAGGGGGACGGGGAUGCAGGGACCGAAGGGAAGGGGAUGCAAAUGCCAAAGUGAUGGGGAUGCAGGGACUGAAGGGAUGCGGCCAAGAAGCAGCAGCAGAGGAGAGGGAAGGGGAGAGACACCCAAGUGCCUCCAGGGUUCAAAGUUUCCCACCUUCCUGCUCCAUUUUUGUUUGCAAAGGAAACCCCAGAGCAUCUUGCUGCUGCCACCCCUCUCGACAGUGGAGCGGCACCUCCUGUCGCUGGGAGCUGAAAGGGUUUGGGAACAGUUCAGUCCGUAAAACAGAACUCAGAAAAGCUGAAGAACUCCUGGGAUUAAGGUGGGGGUAUAACAAGCAGCUCAGCCUCUCCGAGGGAACACUAAAACACGUUGGGGUGUGCGAUGGGUGAUUAAAGCACCUGAUGCACCUGGUUAACCCGACAGACGAACUGCAGAGGCUGCAGAGCAGCCUGGCAAAUGCAUUCACUCUUAUUAAUAUCAACUUGUGUGCUGGUGCUUGGUAAUUUGGGUCCACAAACACAACCUAGAGUCUCACAUGGGGUGCAGGCAGGGAGUGGCUCCAACAGCCUCAUCGUCCCCCUAUGCUGGGCACUGGGGAGGCCAAACCUCGAAUCUGGGGGUCAGUUUUGGGCCCGUCACAUGCCAAGAAAGGCCUUGAGGUGCUGGAGCGAGUUGAGAGAAGGGAACAGAGCUGGUGAGGGGCUGGAGCACAAGUGUGAUGGGAGCGGCUGAGGGACCUGGGGGGUUCAGCUGGAGAACAGGAGCUGAGGGGAGACCUUUUGAUCUCUGAACUGCCUGAAAGCAGCUUGGAGCCAGGGGGGGUCGGGCUCUGCUCCCCAGGAACAAGCGCCAGGACCAGAGGAAACGGCCUCAAGUUGCUCCAGGGGAGGUUGAGGUUGGAUCUGGGGAACAAUUUCUUCCCCAAAGGGCUGUCGGGCAUUGGAACAGGCUGCCCAGGGCAGUGGUGGAGUCACCGUCCCUGGAGGGGUUGAACAGACGGAGAUGAGGUUCUCAGGGACAUGGGGCGGUGCCAGGGGUGGGGAACAGUUGGACUAGAUGGUCUUGAGGGGCUUUUCCAACCCAAAUUACUCUGAUUCAUCCCAGAGCAGCUGCUGCAGGACACAGUCCAGGCUCAAUGGUGAGGGAUGGUCAGGAAUGCUCUGUCCUGUGGGCAGAGAGCAGCUGCCCCUUUGCUCUACAGCAUGAGGCUGCAGGUGGUAAAAUCGUGUCAGGAACAGUAAAAAAGUGGAUUUUGAAGGCUACAGGGGGGGUUCUAGGGGCUGCUGCCCAUUCCAUGCUGUGCCCUCUUGCAGGUUCCUGCACCAUGAGCGCGGCCAAGGAUGCCGAGUGGCUGCGGUGGGUGACGAAGCAGUUUGGGAACAUCGCGGGGAAGGACAAAGAGAUCAACUUGGAAGAGUUCAAAGCUGCUCUGCAAGUGAAGGAGUCCUUCUUCGCCGAGAGGUUCUUUGCGCUGUUCGAUGCAGACGGGAGUGGGACCAUCAGUCUGGAGGAGCUGCUGAAAGCCCUGAGUCUGCUCGUCCACGGGAACGAGAUGGACAAGCUGCGAUUCCUUUUCCAAGUGUACGACGUGGAUGGCAGUGGCUCCAUUGAUCCCGAGGAGCUGCGGCUGGUGCUGCGCUGGUGCCUGCGGGAGAGCGCACUGGCCCUGCCAGAGCCGCGCCUGGCAGACCUCACCCGUGCCCUCUUCGAGGCCGCCGACAAGGACCACAGCGGCUCCAUCACCUUCGAGGAGCUCCAGCAGGAGCUGGAGGCUUUCCCAGGAGUCAUGGAGAACCUGAGCAUCAGCGCAGCGACUUGGCUGCAGCCCCAGCUGCCUGCACAGAAGAGUGGCCGCCCACAGUACCUGACCUGGCUGUACUGGCACAACCACCGCAGCACAGUCGCCUUCCUGGGGGGCUACAUUGGCCUCAACCUUCUGCUCUUCGCCCUGGCCGCCCUCCAUCACGCCGGCCUUGGUGGGUGGCUGGUGGUGGCCCGGGGCUGCGGGCAGUGCCUGAACUUCAACUGUGCCUUCCUUGCAGUGCUGAUGCUGCGGAGGUGCCUGACCUGGCUGCGAACCACCCCAGUUGCUGAGGUUUUGCCGCUGGACCAGCACAUUGCAUUCCACCAGCUGGUGGGGUACGUGGUGCUGGCACUGGCAACCACUCACACGGGCGCCCACGUCGCCAACUUCAGCAGGCUGGCACAGCAGGACGGGCGUGAUGUCCUCACCGAGUACCUGUUGUACCCCCAUUCUGGCACGGGGGGGCUGGGGGACACGGCGGCACAGACGGGGCUGGUGCUGCAGGGGCUGCUGGUCGCCAUGGUCACCUUCUCCUGCCCCUGCAUCCGCCAGAGCGGCCACUUCCAGCUCUUCUACUGGACCCACCUCUCCUACAUCUCCAUCUGGACCCUCCUCAUCCUCCAUGGCCCCCACUUCUGGAAGUGGUUUGCGGUUCCCGGUUGCCUCUUUGUGCUGGAGAAGGUGGUUGGUUUGGCUGGGUGGCGCACGGGGGGGCUGCACAUCGUGGAGGUCAACCUGCUCCCCUCCAAGGUCACCCACCUUGUGAUUGAGAGACCCCAGUUCUUCCACUACAAGCCUGGAGACUUUGUCUACCUGAACAUACCGGCCAUUGCUACCUACGAGUGGCAUCCCUUCACCAUCAGCAGCGCACCCGAGCAGCGAGAAACCCUCUGGCUGCACAUCAGGUCGCUGGGCCAGUGGACCAACAAGCUGUAUGAAUAUUUCCAGCAGCCCGAAUUGCCCAGCCCAGAGCUGAAACCGCUCAGCAGGAGCCUGAGGGAGAAGAGAAGCUGGUGCUGGACACAGGGAGGUGUCUGCAGCUCAGAGGGGGGUUCAGUGGCCACUGGUGGGGAUGGAGCCAUUCAGCUGACGUCAUACAGAGCCACUGAUGCUGCCUUGGGACAGGAGGACCCACCAGUGGCGGGGGACUGUGCUGGGCUGAGUGAGACCCAUCGGCUCUGCAGCGUCAAGUGCUACGUUGACGGACCGUACGGCACACCGACACGGCAGAUCUUCACCUCGGAGCAUGCCGUCCUCAUCGGCGCUGGCAUAGGAAUCACCCCCUUCGCCUCCAUCCUGCAGAGCAUUAUGUACAGGUACCGCCGGCGAAAGCAGAGCUGCCCCAGCUGCCACCACUCAUGGUGUGAGGACCUGCGGGAUGAGGAGAUGAUGCUGAGGAAGGUUGACUUUAUCUGGAUAAACCGCGACCAGAAGCACUUUGAGUGGUUCGUCAGCCUGCUGACCAAGCUGGAAAUGGAACAGGCAGAGCAGGAGCCGGGAGGACGGUUUUUGGAGAUGCAUAUGUACAUGACAUCAGCCCUGGGCAAGAAUGACAUGAAGGGCGUGGGGCUGCAGCUGGCCCUGGACCUGCUGGCCACCAAGGAGCAGAGGGACUUGAUCACGGGGCUGCGGACCAGAACCCAGCCCGGACGUCCUGACUGGAGCAAGGUCUUUGGGAAGGUGGCGGAGGAGAAGAAAGGGAAAGUCCAGGUCUUCUUCUGCGGCUCACCAGCACUUGCCAAGGUCAUCAGGACGCACUGCGAGCGCUUCGGCUUCCGCUUCUUCAAAGAAAACUUCUAAGCGACAGCCCUUGCCUGCCUCUGCCAGCCCUGACACGGUGCGAUGGGCUCCAGGGGCCAGAUCCUGCUGCAUUGUCCAUGUGGGCACCUGGCUGCUGCUGGGUCAGGGCUGGGGAGGGUGGGAUGGAUGAGUGAGGGACAGGGAGAGCAAGGGGCUGGGAUGGACCACGGGGCUUCGGGGUGGAGGGGACAGGGUCUGGGAGCCAUUUGGGGUAUCCUGGAGCAUCAGUGCAGGGGUUUUGAGGGGGGGGAAAGGACGAGAGUCCCAGAGCACUUUGGGAGGGGGGCACAGGGUCCUGCAUCACUUCACAGGGCUUUGGGAUGUCGGGACAGAGUCCUGCAUCACUUUGCAAGGUUUUGGAAUGGAGCCCUUUGCGGGGACGGGGCCAGAGUCCCGCAGCCCUUUGGGAUGGGGGAGCCGGCUGUCCCCCAGCACCUCGCAGGGCUCCGGGGUGCCCACAGGAGGGCACUGCAGACCGGGCAACCGGGGCUGUGCUGCCCUGGGACUGACUCCCUGUCCCAUCCAGUCCAGCUCCGGUUUGCAGCGCUCAAGGGGGAUUUGCCUCUUUGCACCAGGGAAACAGAUAUUUUGGCGGUGCCGAGGGGGCUCAGCACAGCCCACCUGCCUCAGGAUGGCUGGUGGGAUGGAGCCGCUUCCAGAACACUGGACGCAGUGUGCGGGAUGUCCCCCUGUGUGGCCAGUGGUGCUGGGACCAGUGGUGGCCCAUGGGGACCUAACAAAGUUCAAAUGAAAUGGUCGCAUGAAGCUGCCUUCCCUGUCUGAUGGAUACAGCCUUUUUAGGGGUGCCUCUGCCAUGCACUGAUGCUUUUGUGUGUGGGAAAAAAACAAAAUGUAGGUGACGCACUGGUCUCAGCACAAUUACUGGGCUGGGUAAUGAUCCCCUCUGGGUUACGUCCAGGGCUGAUGCGUGAUGGAUGGAGAGGCAGCGGUGAGUGCUCAGCACCCCGCAAACAUGCAGCACGCAAUGAAGAUCCCAAAGUCAAGUGUCAGUUUUUCUUAACCCUGGCUAAUGGGGCUCCUCACCUCCUCCAUUAGCAGCAGGAUGGAAAUGUAAGGCUGAAUUCAGCUCCUCCGUCCUCUUCAUCCCACUGCAUCCCUCAGACAAGGGUUACUCCAGCUUCAGCUCACUCUGCAAAGAGUCUCAUCAGCUCCAUGCUCCCCCUUCCAAGCUUCAGCCGAGGAAACCAAACCCACUUAGAGCCUUUACCAGAGCCCCACACUGUGACAUGGAGCCGGGAUGUGACCCCAAACCCAUGAACCAGGGCUCCUGUUCACCAGCAUCACUGCAGUGGCAGCCCACGCACCAUAAUUAAUGGGGCUGUUUCAAUCAGGGGAUGAUGGAAAUCCUGUAUGCAAUGUCCAAGGGAAAAAUCAGGACAGCUGCAGGGAAAUAAAUCGCCCCCCCGCACACGGAAUUUUGGUGGUUUAGAGAUAUCUUCCAGCUAUGUGCCCAGAUUCACUCUGUUUCUGGGCACACAUCGACACUUUCAUGUUGCCAAAGAUGCCAGGAAAACAUAACGUGGCUGGAUAUGGCAGCGUCACGUGGCCAAGGAAAACACACUCAUCUCGGUCAUAAAGAAGAGUUAAUUACAUCUCCCCGUUCUCCCUGUGUUUUGGAGCAAUUAUAAACAGAAUGAAUCAUUAUGUGGCUGCUGAUAAUCAUUUCCAUUCCGCAUCCCCGCUGAAUUGCAGGGUGCCGAAGCACUCUGGUGCUCGCAGCUUCUCCCAGAAAAAAAAAAUAAAAAGCAGAUUUAGCUGGUUUUGAGCAUCGUGGCACCUGGGCACCCAAAGCAGAAGGAUUUUGGGGAGAAAAUAAUGCAAUAAAUGGUGAUGCCGCCUUGGUGAGAAGCUUUCAAAGGGCAAGAGGGUCCUGCAAGGUGCUCAGCAGAUGGUGAGGAGACGUUCUCCAAGGGGGAUGGAGGCAGCAUCAAGGUCACUGCUGACAUGCUGAAUCCUGAGCUGCUCACAUCCCAGCCACAGCCAUGAAAAAUUAAUUAAUUUCUUCCUUUCUAUCUGUAGAAGCUCUGUCAGCUGCUAUUUUGCCCUGGAUCUCCGGUCUGUCGGAUGUUUCCUUUGGAUUCGAGGAAUAAAUGAUUAAAUUAUGUGGAUGGGGAGGGGGAGUUGGUGCUGGCAGCAGGGUACAAGCAGCUUCAGCUCCUUGACCAAACCAAACCACGGCUGGGAAGUGGUGCUGUAGCCUCCAAACCUGGGGUCUGCUUUGGUUUUGGGGUUGUUUUUCAUCUUAAAGCAACAGGAGGCUCCAAAUCGGGAUCUGGGGAGGCAGGGGGUGAGGCUGGAUAAUGAUAUCCCUCCUGAUUAAUGCCUUCCCUUGGCUGGCUUCGUUAGUGUGAUUACACUCGGGCCGUAGCAUAGCAACAGCUAAUUGUUGGUUGGAUGCAAAGUGCAUCAUUCCCCAUAUUAAAAUUUUAUUAAGAUAUAAUUGCAUUCGUCUUGCAGGAGCGGAUGCUUCAAAGAUGCCGAGAAGAGGCAGCGGCACUGGCUGGGGCUCUAAGCUGGGCUCACCCUGAGCUCCAGUUCAUGGGUUUUGGGUGACAGUUGAUAGAUUUUGGAUGACAGUUGAUGGGAUUUGGGUGAUAGUUGACGCUCAGGACACCAGGUCUCAUGGUUGGUAUGUGGGGGCUCCGGAGAGGGUUGGGUGAGGGCACCCAAUCUGUGACGCCUCUUGCACAGAACAUUGUGUGCAGAAUAUUCCCCAACAAACCCUCAAUAUAGAAAUUUUUGUCCUUUGACAGAUGAAAACGAGGAUUUGAGAGGUGAUGAAGUGCUGCUGGGGGGCUGCAAUGGGUGCCUGCUAUUGGCACGGGGAGGGGUUUGCAACCUGGUGUUCAGAAGAAACUAAAAUGAGAGUUUGAGGAGGAAAUUUUUUAUACUGAGGGUGGUGAGAGCCUGUCCCAGGUUGCCCAGAGUGGUGGUGGCUAAACCAUCCCUGGAGACAUCCCAGGCCAGGCUGGACGGGGCUCUGAGCAACCUGAGCUGGUGAAGAUGUCCCUGCUCAUGGCAGGGGUGGCACUGGGGGAGCUGGGAAGGUCCCUUCAACCCAAACCAUCCUGUGAUUCUGUGAUUUACAGCUGCUGAAAGCCCUUUGCUCCCCUCAGCUCCUCUGAAAUCCAGACAGAGAGGAAAACCUUAACGCAACUGUAUUUAUUACCAGUAUGAUCACACUUGGCAUAUUGUAUCACUAAGUGGUCCUGGUACAUAGAUAUUAUUCACUUAAAUAAUCAAUCACUGCCAACAAAUUACAGGAUACAGGGAAUGGAAUUAGCAAAGUGAACUAUGGAUGUAAAAUUCAUUUGAAAUUCAAUUUAGGAGCAACAUUAGCUUUCAAUUAGUCUGCCCAACUGUUUGAGCAUCAUUUUGUCUAUCAGAUUUUUAAAUAAAUGUAAUUAACCUUUGCUGUUAAAUUGUUGUUGAUUUCAUCGAUAUAAUUAUUAUGCGACUCCUAAUAUUUUGCUUGGAUGAUAUCUCAUUAGCCAGUGGCUUCUAAUUAGGGAGAUGAAGGACCAGUGGUGAUUUCUGGGUUUUCUUGGUGGUGCAAGGGAGGGAGAUGC